AUGGACCCUCACAAAUCUCAUGCAUCUGCUCGUCGUGAGAAAGUUGUGGAAUUGAUAGAGGUCGAUGGGAAAAAAGUAAGCAAGACAUCCACAGGAAAGAGAAAGUUUCAUAAUAAGUCGAAAAACGGUUGUUUGAAUUGUAAAAGACGUCGUGUGAAGUGCGAUGAAGGAAAACCAUAUUGUACAAAAUGUCUUAAUAUGAAUUUGAAUUGUGUUUAUAAACCUUUGGAGUUCGAUGAUAAUGAUCCCUCGCAUAUUAGUAGACCGACAUCUGCCGCUUCUUCUUCAACAAAUGAAAACACCAUAUCUAAUGGUGGUAGUACGGCGACGGCGACGGCUAUUAAGAAUUUCAUCAAUAAUAAUAAUAAUAAUAAUAAUAAUAGUAAUAGUAAUAGUGUGGAUGCUGCUGCUACCUCAACCACAGCAGCAGCAACUAAAGGGAAGGCUAAAAUUAUUAAAUAUAUGAGAAAGUUACCAGAUGGAACGUUACAACCAGAUACUGAAUUGAUGGGGAAGAAAACAGUUAAAGAGAAAAAGGCACCUAGAGCAAAGAAAAUCACUAAACCGAAAGGAACUACAAAGACGGCAACCAUUAAGGGUAAGACGAUUAAGGGUAAGAAGAAAAUGGGAUCCACCAAUGAAAAUGGAAAUGGGGAAAUCCCGAAUGCUGGACCGCUGGGCGGUUUGGUAUCGUUGUUGGCAAAAGGUGGCAUUGGUAAUUCAAAUACAGAACAAUUAAUGGCAGCUGCAGCAACUCAUUUUCCGGGGAUCAUGUCAUCAAUGAUGUCUCCUAAUGGCGGAAGUGGUGGUACUAACAACAACAGUGGGGGUGGAAUGAUUCCAUCUCUGAUUGCCUCAACCUUAGCACAAGGUGGUUCUCCAACUUUACAACAAUUGUCUGGGUUAUUGAACCUUGGUAAUGGAAAUAAUUCAAAUAAUAACAGUAAUAAUGCGAAUGUCACAAAUACAAUGAUGAACCAUCAGUUACCAAAUGGAAACACUCAUUAUGAUUUAGAUAAUUCUUUGCCUUUAUCUCCAGGGAUAGGUAUACCUGGUUUGAGCUCACGUAAUGAAAGCGAUCAACCAACAAUAUCGCAAAAUCCAGUUAUGAACAAUAAUAGUAAUAGUAAUAACAGCGCUACAACUGAUGGUGCUGCAAAUGGUAUAACACCAAACGUACCAUCGAUAAAUAACGCAACUGCAGGCUCAGGAAGUGCAAAUGGUAGUAUGGGUUUUUUGGGGCACUCGUCAUUAUCUGCUAUUGCUAAUAAUUUAACUAAUUUAAAUGCUAUGGCAUCUCCGAAGAUGUUUGCUGGAGGCUCAUCAAAUGCACAACAACAAUUACAAUAUCAACUUCAUCAACAGUUACAAUUACAACAACACCAACAGUUACAAUUACAACAUGAUCAACAAUUGCAAGUACAACAUCAACAAUUGCAAUUGCAGCAAAGACAAUUACUACAACAAUUGUUGCAACAGGAUCAAUCACAAUUGCAAGAGAUGCAAGCUCAGGCACACGCACAAGAACUGUCUAAUCCAUUAGGUUCUACAAUAGAUCAAAGUAUAAUACCAUCACAGAUACAACAGCAAUUGCAACAACAAUCAACAGCAGCAUUAACUGCAAAUCAUUCAGGGAAUGAUAUUCCUUUAUCCUUGCAAGAAGAAUCCUUAUCUCAAUUGAGUAAGAUGGGAUUAAAUUUAAAGACAUUGGGAAAUCUGCCUACUGCUGGUAUCGGUGGCAUUGCAUAUGAUUUCCAAGAAUUAUUAGGUUUAAAAUUUAAUAAUGGGAAAGGAAGUAGUAUUCAAACACCUCCUACCACAACUAAUAACAAUAACACCAGUAUUAUUCCAGGAAUUAAUAAUGAUGAUGAUCGUGCAGAUAUGGGUGUGGUAUCUCAUAGUUCAAAAGCAAGUACUGCAGAGGCGAUCCUAGCCGAUAUGCAAGAACAAGAACGAGUCAAGAAGGAAUCCAUAGAUCAAGAUAGCAUUGGAAGUAAAGAUAAAUCAAUAAAUUCACCAAGUAAUUUAGCACAUUUGGUUGGAACACCCAACGAUAUUCAACAUAAUGUACCUUUACCAAUGAUUUCACAAUUGAGCCCUAUCAUAAAGGCAGGUAUAGAAGGUACCUUAACUGGAAAUUCUUCCCCAUCUAGUGGAUUGAUGAGAAGAGAUAUGUCCAAUCAUCAAAAGAAUAAAUCUAUUGACUCAACAAAUGGUUCUAUGACUCACAAGUCGGUGAUUGUUGAGAAAAAUUUAGAAGAACCGAUGACAGGUGUUGCUAAAUUGUUGCAAUUAUCAACUAAGGCAAAUUUAAAUCUAGUGGAUAUGAAAUUAUUUCAUCAUUAUUGUACCGAAGUGUGUUCUUCAAUUACGACGAUGUCUGUUCCCGAAGUCUGGUCCAAGGACGUUCCUGAGUUGGCAUUCAAUUAUCCAUUCUUAAUGCAUUCAUUGUUGGCAUUCAGUGCUACUCAUUUAUCUAGAACUGAGCCUGGUUUAGAACAAUAUGUCUCGUCGCAUAGAUUAGACGCAUUAAGAUUAUUGAGAGAAGCAGUUCUUGAGAUAUCUGAAGAAAAUACAGACGCAUUAGUGGCAAGUGCAUUAAUUUUAAUUAUGGAUUCCUUAGCCAAUGCGUCAAGCGCACCAGCUGGAUCACAAAAUACCAUGGCUUCGUCAGCAUGGAUCUUCCAUGUGAAAGGUGCUGCUACGAUCUUGACCGCUGUAUGGCCACUAAGUGAGAAUUCUCGUUUCCACGAUUUAAUUUCAGUCGAUUUAAGUGAUUUAGGAGAUGUAAUUAAUAAAGAAGAUGGUACGAUUUCUGAGCUUGUCUGUUUUGAUGAAUCCAUUGCAGAUUUAUAUCCUGUUGAUAUAGAUUCACCAUAUUUGAUUACUUUAGUAUAUUUGGAUAAAUUACAUCAUGAAAUCGAUGAUUCUGAUUUCAUUUUAAGAAUCUUUUCAUUUCCAGCAUUAUUAGAUAAGACCUUUUUAGCAUUGUUAAUGACCGGUGAUUUAAAUGCAAUGAGAAUAAUGAGAAGUUAUUAUAAAUUGUUAAGAGGAUUCACUACAAAAUUAAAGGAUAAAGUUUGGUUCUUAGAAGGUUUAUCACAAGUAUUACCACAAGAUGUUGAUGAAUAUAGCGGUGGUGGUGGUAUGCAUAUGAUGUUGGAUUUCUUAGGUGGUGGGUUACCAUCCAUGACAAUGACAAACUUAUCGGAUUUCAUAUAG